GUAACAAGUCCGAAGUUUUCGCCGGCAGGCGCGACUGAGGAUCACUCGUUAAGUAAAUGCAACAGAUCCAGAAGUGUGCACGGUUUGCAUUAUGACUCGUGCUUUGAGCUUUGGCAACCGCUGUCAACAGUCGGCACCUGUAAGGCAGUCGCUCGAGCUGCCGCACCACAUUUACGGAGCUCGAGAGCUUUGGUUUGAGGCUUUGUCGAGGUUGAUCGACGGCUAUUGUAGAACAGACCAUCGAGACACCGUCACUCCAUAUUCUCGAUCGACAUACAACCCAAUAGAAGGAACUCUGGAUUAGCACCUACCCAGAAUGCCUGUACCAGUCAACCGCGGUCCUGUCGGGCCGUCUAAUAUGGACAAGCUCAAGAUGGGCGCCAUGAUGGGAGGCACUGUGGGCGUCAUCAUCGGCUUUAUUUUUGGAACGGUCAACAUUUUUCGAUACGGCGCCGGAGCAAAUGGUAUUAUGAGAACUUUGGGCCAGUACAUGGCUGGAUCCGGCGCAACAUUCGGUUUCUUUAUGGGAAUUGGCAGCGUAAUCCGAUCCGACGUAUCGCCAAUAGCCAACGAGGCAUUCCUACGCGCGCAAAGACAGCCAUAUAUCACGGCCGCCCAGCGAGCGUAUCUACCGCUAAACUAAUGAAUCCCGAACACGCGUCGAGAGAUACCACCGGAGUGAAGCAAAGAUACGCCACCAGGGCUAGGGACCAACCCGACAUGUUUUGUACGAUAAGCGUUCGGUUGAAUGUA